UGCUGGAAAAGCCGUAGCUGCGUAGGAGAUCAAUGACAGAGUUUGGGCCUUUGGGGUGAAUUGGAGAGGAGGGAAGGAGAAGCUACUUGCUCUAAGUGUUUGAUAACCGCAAGAACCAUAACGCAAACAUAAGGCUUCUCAGCAGGAAAUUUCAAUUUCCACGCAUCUCGACUUUAGGAUAUCACCGUCAUCCUCACCGAUACGCCAAGAUGCAACCGAGCGCGAAGGUUAAUCAACGUAUUGCAAGGAUCUCUGCUCAUCUCUGCCCCUUUAAUCUCCAGACGGAUGAAACUUCAAUUUUGAGGCGGGAAAAUUGCCGAACGAAGGGUGGUUCAUCUGGAUUCAAGGUUGCUAUCCUGGGUGCGGCUGGUGGCAUUGGCCAACCUCUCGCAAUGUUGAUGAAGAUGAAUCCACUGGUUUCUGUUCUCCAUCUCUAUGAUGUUGUCAAUUCUCCUGGUGUCACAGCAGACAUCAGCCACAUGGACACUAGUGCUGUGGUACGUGGUUUUCUGGGACAACAGCAACUGGGGAGUGCUCUUACUGGGAUGGACUUGGUUAUAAUUCCAGCUGGUGUUCCCAGGAAGCCAGGAAUGACAAGGGAUGAUCUGUUCAACAUCAAUGCUGGAAUUGUUAAGACCCUUUGUGAAGGGAUUGCUAAAUGCUGCCCUCAUGCUAUAGUCAACUUAAUCAGCAAUCCUGUGAACUCUACAGUACCAAUUGCAGCAGAGGUUUUCAAAAAGGCUGGCACUUAUGAUCCUAAGCGACUUUUGGGGGUUACAAUGCUUGAUGUUGUUAGAGCCAAUACUGUUGUGGCAGAAGUUUUAGGUAUUGAUCCCAGGGAAGUUGAUGUUCCAGUUAUUGGUGGCCAUGCAGGAAUUACAAUUUUACCUCUUCUGUCACAGGUUAAGCCUCCUAGCUCUUUCACUCCUCAAGAAAUUAACUACCUGACAGACCGCAUUCAGAAUGGGGGAACAGAAGUUGUUGAGGCUAAAGCUGGGGCUGGAUCUGCAACUCUCUCUAUGGCAUAUUCUGCUGCUAAAUUUGCAGAUGCAUGCCUGCGGGGCUUGAAAGGAGAUGCUGGAAUUGUUGAGUGUGCUUUUGUGGCUUCUGAGGUGAUCGAGCUCCCCUUUUUUGCAUCCAAGGUACGACUUGGCCGUACUGGAGUAGAGGAAAUCUAUCCACUGGGUCCCCUGAAUGAAUACGAGAGGAUGGGUUUGGAGAAGGCAAAGAAAGAGUUGGCAGCAAGCAUUGCUAAAGGAAUUUCUUUUAUUAGGAAAUAAUAUGAAAAACAAUAAGUAUUAGGAAAUAGAAUAAAAAUAGGGGAAAUAAAAAAGAAUCUGUAUUUCACCCUUCCUUCCCCUCCAUCUGUAAACAUCAAUUAUUUUGAAAUAAGUAGUCUCUUGUUGUAUCCUAAAGCAGAUGGAGGUGAAUUUUCUCCAGUGGAGGUAGAUAAUUAAACCAAUCGCAGAUGAGGCAAGAAUGAGAUUAA